AUGUCGCCAACACCAAACAACGGAAGCCCCGUCCCAGCCAAAGAUGGUGCCACCACAGCUUCAACUACCAAUAGUACCAGUCCAGUCCCAAUAGCCAUCGGCACGACACUGAUGCCCCCACCCACACGUCCCGUCCACCUGAACACGCCUCGCACGAUUGCAAAUACACAAAACGCGACGCACUUGGAUGAAAAGCCGCGAGUUGUGAUAACGCACCUGGAUUCAAACUCUCGUGUUGCAAGUAAGAUUACUCACCUGGAUGAAAACUCGCGUGCCAUGGCAAACGCCAACUCACGUACCGCGAGUAACGAUGUCUCUGCGCGCCGCCAUUCCUGGACCUCUCCCAUCCAAAAACCCGGCGCCCACCAGAAACCGCUCUCAACCUCCUCCCCUGUCGGUAUCGCUGCUGCUCUGCAAGUCAACGCGACUCGUCUCGCGCAGAUCCUUAUCACCAACGGCCCGUUGCCCAUUCGCCAUAUCACUAACCAUCUUUCCAAGGCAAUCCCUGGCUUCAGCCAGCUCUCACUCUCCAAACAAAGGCGUCUUAUCAUGGCAGCCUUGGAGCUGCAAGACCCUGUCACAACCUGCGUAUUUGAGAAGGUUGGUUGGGGCCAAUGGGCCGCGCGCAAGCAGGGCUCCGACGUCAUCGAGGGAAAACAGGCGAUUUCUCUCCAGGAAAUUCGCUCUUCCAAGCCGAAAAUGGGCUGGGGGAAGAACGAUGAGGAUGUGGACAUGGAAGACGAGCCGGCGAAGCGGACCAUGACCAAACCUGUGAGUUCCACGGCGUUGCGAGUUGCACGCCGCGAGAGCAUUACACCGCACGCGGCCAAGGUGCCACUCGCACCGCUGAUUGAUGGCACGUUGUCUCUGGCGGUGACAAGCUCAUCGGAAAGCGAGGACGAUGCAGACGAAGAGGUGUUUAUGUUUGACGAUGAUGACGCGAGUAAACCUACAAGUGCGACCCGCUCGCCACGGUUCACGUCCCCGACCCGCGCCACGCUCGCGCCACCAAAUAUUCGCUCGCGCCGCCAUUCGACCAACUCGCUGGCAUCCUACAACAACCGCAUCGCCAAACCGAGCCACGGGUUCCGCUCGCGCCUCGGCUCGUUCGGGUCACCUGAUUCAUCCUUUGACGCUGACUUCAUUGACGUUGAAGAUGUCCGCAGCAGUAGCCGUGGCAGACGGCCUACGGGAACCAUCGGCUCGAUCCCCAACUCACCGCUCCACGCCGGGUUUAUCCUCGACGCGGCCGCGUUGCCGCACCGUACGAACCGUGGCUCGUUUUCUAGUGUGCUGGCAUCGGGGCGGCAGUCAUUUUUACGUAGCACUGGAGCGAGCGAACGGGUCGCGAGUGCAAACCCGAGCACUAGUACUAGUCCGGGUGCAACCGCAACAGGUUCGCACCUGCUCCACUCACAGCACUUCCGUUCGCUUAACGACUUAGUGCUCGCGACGGCAAUUGCCGAGGCUGGAGGAACUGCAGCCGACUUUGACGCGAUGGUCGACGAGCACGCGGUUGAGUCGUGGUCUGAGUCUGAGUCGCGCUCACAUUCAAAUGCCAACUCACACUCGCACUCGGAGGAGCCGGAAGAGAACACAGAUGAGGAGGACUGGAAGAGUAUGGGCGCUGCAACCUUGCGGCUGGAGGUUCUCGAGAAGAACUCGGGAGUAGUCUAG